AUGUCGCGCUCCUUCUAUGUGGACUCGCUCAUCAUCAAGGACUCCUCGCGGCCCGCACCCUCGCUGCCGGAAUCGCACCCAGGGCCGGAUUUCUUCAUCCCGCUAGGCAUGCCGUCCCCGUUGGUGAUGUCGGUGUCCGGGCCGGGCUGCCCGUCCCGCAAAAGCGGCUCUUUCUGCGUGUGCCCGCUUUGCGUCACCUCGCACCUGCACUCCUCUCGCCCGCCCGCAGGAGCCGGCGGCGGGGGCGCUACGGGGACCGCAGGGGCCGCGGUGGCGGGUGGCGGGGCGACUGGGGGCACCGGCGCCCUACCUCUGCUCAAGAGCCAGUUCUCUUCCGGUCCCGGGGACCCACAGUUUUGCCCACGGGUGAGCCACGCGCACCAUCACCACCACCCGCCCCAGCACCACCAUCACCAUCACCAGCCCCAGCAGCCAGGCUCAGCGGCAGCGGCGGCGGCGGCGGCGGCGGCUGCAGCGGCGGCCGCAGCGGCCCUGGGACACCCUCAGCACCACGCACCUGUCUGCGCCGCCACCACCUAUAACGUGUCGGACCCGCGGAGAUUCCACUGCCUCACCAUGGGAGGCUCCGACGCCAGCCAGGUACCCAACGGCAAAAGGAUGAGGACAGCAUUUACCAGCACGCAGCUCCUGGAGCUGGAGCGAGAAUUCUCUUCCAAUAUGUACCUGUCCCGGCUCCGGAGAAUCGAGAUCGCGACGUACCUGAACCUGUCCGAGAAGCAGGUGAAAAUCUGGUUUCAGAACCGUCGCGUGAAGCACAAGAAGGAGGGGAAAGGCGCUUCGCGAAACAAUCACGCCAGCUGCAAGUGCGUGGGUAGCCAGGCACACUAUGCGCGCUCAGAGGACGAGGACUCCUUGUCCCCAGCCUCGGCUAACGAAGACAAGGACAUUUCUCCCUUGUAAAGGAGGAUGCUCCUCAGGCUACCUGCUCCCCGGCAGCCCCUGCUGAAUCAGCAUAGGGACCAAAGUUCUAGUUCAUUGCCUUCACCCUUCCUGGAAAAGGAACUCACUCGGAGAAGUCCAGAGAGUUCAAAGCUGGGCCUGACUCUGAAGCUACUUCUUGACUCUUUAUUUGGGACUCCACUCAGAGUUAUGGAUUUUUUUUAAUGUAAAUAAUCUAGAAUUCGAGUCAGUCUCAUCUAACAGAAAAAAAAACAGGGUUUAUUUAAGUUUAACACUGUAUAGGGGAGUGGGUUGAAACCACGCAUGUCAUUUGCCAGCCUUGUCUUUCUCAGAACUUGAUCAGGUAGGGCCUUCUUCAUUAGUUUUGUUGCUGUUUUGAAAGGAAACCAUUGAGGUUGCCAUUAAUAUAGAGUUAAACUCCGUAGGUCUUGUUUUUCUGAAAAUUUUCACGGGGCAGGGGAGAGUUUUAAAUUCAAGUCUCUGGAA